CCAUGUGAGCCCCUCUCCGUGCCAAGCUCACUCGGUGCUCUGGUUGCUUUUUGGGAACUAGCUGAGCUACAGAUGGCACCAAGCCCCAAGGCACAGGGUGCAAUGUGCUCUUCGGGAAUCCCAGCUGUACACAAAGGGGAAACUGAGGCACAGCAAAACCCAUCCCUGCCCUGAAUGAAUCCACCGUCCCUGCAGCAUCCCCCCAAAGCGCAGCUCCUCCCCAGCAUGGCGCGUUGCCAUCCCCACUCAAGCACUGCCCAACAUCCCAAGGGGACAGAGGGGGAUGGGACAUAGGGACGGCGCUGGCAGCAGCUGUGCCGGCUGUGGAAGAGUUAACUGCUCCUCUGCUCGGGUCUCAGAGGCCUCCCACUCACCCGGCGUGAGUAUGAAUAGCUGCGUUCGCCCGCGCCGGCACCGCUCUGCUGCCUUCCUUCUGCCGCCGCGAUGCUGAGCAUGGAGGGCUUCGUGGGGGCGAGAGCUCUGGGUGAGGAAUCGCUGCAGAUGUGGGACCUCAACAAGCGCCUGGAGGCCUACCUGGCCCGCGUUAAGUACCUGGAGGAGGAGAAUGAGGAGCUGCGAGCUGAGAUUCAGAGCACCAAGGAGAGCCCGGCCGGGGACCCACGCAGAGCCAGGUAUGAGGAGGAGCUGCGGUCGCUGCGGGAUGCGCUGCACCGUGCCUUCACCGAGAAGUGUGCGGCUGAGCUGGCCAGGGACAACCUGUACGAGGAGGUGCAGCAUGUGAGGAGCAGGUGCCAGAAGGAGCAGGCAGCCCGCGAGGAAGCCAAGAGACAGCUGUCCUCCAGCAAGAAAGAGCUGGAGGAGGAGAGACGGGCACAGAUCUGGCUGAAGGAGAGAGCUGUGCAGCUGGAGAAGGAGGUGGAAGCUCUGCUGGAGGUGCACGAGGAGGAGAAAGCAGGGCUGGACCAGGAGCUCGCCAGCUUCUCUCAGAGCCUGGAGGGCUUCCGUUGUGCUCCGGUGGCAUUCCAGCCCGUGGAGGUGGAGGACUACUCCAAGAGACUGUCAGAGAUCUGGAGAGGGGCGGUGGAGACCUACAAGGCGGAGGUGUCGCAGCUGGAGCGUGCACUUGGCCAAGCCAAGGAGAACCUCUGGCAGGUGGCAGAGGACAACCAACAGAGCCAACUGCAGCUGCGGCACCUGGAAAAGGAGCUGGUGGGGCUGAAGGUGCGGAAGGAGAUGCUGGAGGAGAGCCUGGGCCAGCAGUGGCAGGAGCAGCACGGAGAGGCUGAGAAGUUCCAGCUGGCCAUCGAGGCUCUGGAGCAGGAGAAGCAGAGCCUGCAGGUGCAGAUCGCCCAGGUGCUGGAGGACAGGCAGCAGCUCAUGCACCUCAAGAUGUCCCUCAGCCUGGAGGUGGCAACCUACAGGACACUGCUGGAAGCAGAGAGCACCCGGCUGCAGAUGUCUCCUGGGGAGUUCAAGCUGGCCAACAGCCUGCGAGAUGUCAAGCUGGAGGUGAGCAGCAGCAAGCACCGUGCCAGCCUUGCUGCCUUCCCCCGGCCCGAGGGGGUGGCACAGCUGUGCAGAACCCCCGGUGAUGCCCUCAAGGCUCUGACUCCCAAAAGCAAGAGCUCCAGUGCACAGGAGUUUCAGAAAAUCAGCUCAGUCCUGCAGGCACCGAGGAGCUGGGAGCCUGCUGCCCCCAGCCACGCUGUCCCAGUGCUAUCCCCAGUGCCAGGCAGUGGGGGGGCAGAGAGCCCAGCUCAUGAGCGUGGGGCUGGUGAGGAGUCCCCCAUGCAGAGCCCACUGAGUCCUGAACAGCUGGUCAGCCACGCAUUGCAGGAUGCUCUCAAGGAGAUGCAAGAUGAUGCUGAGGCCAAAGAAGUGCCCAAAUUCAGUGCUACCCAGAGUACCAGGGAUGGGGAUCUUGAAGACCCCAUGGAGGAGGAGGAGGAGGCAGCAGGAACCCAGGAGAUGGGUGUUGAGAGUGCCACCAUGUCUCCGCCUGGGCUGCAUCUCUGCAGCAACGUGCCCACAUUGCUAAGUGCCACCCAGAGUGAUGCAGAGAGCCAGGAGGAGAAGUGGGAGGAGGAGAGGAGUAAAGAGGAGGAGAUGCUGAACCCACUGAGCUCCAUGGAGAGCCAGGAGCCAGGGGGAGAGCCCUGGGAAGGGGACACAAGGGGGUCCAGGCUGGAAGUGGGCAAGGAGGACAUGGAGGCCACCAGCAUGGAGGCUCUGCACGUCUUGGAGCACAAGGAGCAGAGAGAACCCUGGAGCCCCUCCAGAGAGGAUGAGGAAUGUGAGUUCCCAGAUCAGGAGAGGGAAAUGCGAGAAGAAGGGUCCCUGCAGAUGGAAAUCGAAGCUGCUUGUGCUGUCCCUGUGGGGAGCCACCCAGUUUUGCCUGCGGGAAUCCACUUGCAAGAGGACUUUGUUGAGAGAGAGCAAAAGUCUGAGCACCAGGAGAUGUCCCUGUGUGAGCUGGGUGCUGCUGCAGAGGAGGAAAGGGAGCAGGAGGUGUGCCUGGAGAUGAGGGCUUCUAGCAUUGAAGCUGCCGUGCCAGCAGCAGAGGGCUCAUCAGGGUCUGGAGAAGACACUACAGGAAGGGAGAGCACAGGCAGAGCAAGGGAUCGUGAGGGAGAGGAAGAAGAUAAAGGAAGGGAGGCAUUAGGGGGAGAAGACCCCCAGGCAGGGGAAGCUUUGGGAGCCAAAGAGAUGAGGCAGGAGAGCAUAGGCUUGGAGGAGGCUGAAGGCAUAUGGGAGGAAUCUGUGGACCUGUGGAAAGAACAUAGAGACCCCCAGGAUGGACAUGGGGACCUGCAGGAGGAGCAGGAGGACCUGUGGGAGGAACACAGUGACCUACAGGAGGAGCAUGGGGACCUGCAGGUGGACCAUGGGGACACCCAGGAGGAACAUAGGGACCUGCAGGUGGAGCACAGGGACCUGCAGGAGGAACAUGGGGACCUGCAGGUGGAGCACAGGGACCUGCAGGAGGAGUACAGGGACCUGCAGGAGGAACAUGGGGACCUGCAGGAGGAACACAGGGACCUGCAGGAGGAGUACAGGGACCUGCAGGAGCAUGGAGACACCCAGGAGGAGCAUGAGGACCUGCAGGUGGAACAUAGGGACCUGCAGGAGGAACAUGGGGACCUGCAGGAGGAACACAGGGACCUGCGGGAGGAGUACAGGGACCUGCAGGAGCAUGGGGACACCCAGAAGGAGCAUGGGGACCUACAGGUGGAGCACAGGGACCUGCAGGUGGAGUAUGGAGACACCCAGGAGGAGCAUGGGGACCUGCAGGAGGAGCACAUGGACCUGCAGGAGGAACAUGGGGACAUGCAGGAGGAGCACAGGGACCUGCAGGAGGAACAUGGGGACCUGCAGGAGGAACAUGAGGACAUGCAGGAUGAGCACAGGGACCUGCAGGAGGAACAUGGAGACCACCAGGAGGAACAUAGGGAUAUGCAGAAGGGGCAUGGGGACUUGUGGGAGGAACAUGGGGACACCCAGGAGGAACAUGGGGACCUGUGGCAGGAACACGGGGUCUUGAAGGAAGAACAUGGGGACCUGCAGGAGGAACGUGGGGACCUGCAGGAGGAAUCUGGAGACCCUCAGGAGGAACCUGGGGAACCUUGGGUGCAGUGUGGGGAGCAGGGCUCUGCAGAGGAUGGGCUGGAGCAGGACAUGGUGCUGCAGCCAGGAGAGGGGGCAUGGGGCAGGGAAGACAAUGACAUUGACCAAAAGCAGCAAGCACAGGACUGGGAAGAGACGGCGGAGGAUGAAGAGGAGACAGAAGUCAGCACUGUCACAUGCCAAGAGCCAGCCCAGGUGGAUGACAACCCACAUGCAGAGGCAGCAGAAAAUGAGGAGGGAGAUGUCAUAUCACCAACAGCAACGGAGGAAGCCCAGGAGGGUGAGGAUGAUGGAGAUGCUGGGAGCGAGGUGCAGAGCCAGCAGCAGCCACAGGGCACAGUAGGACAGGAGGCUGAGCCAGCCCCAGGGCAGGAGGAAAUCAGGUACGAGGACGCUGGGGAGGCACCAGGGGACCCACAGGAGCCAGCUGAGGCACUGGAGGUGCAGGAUGAGGAGCUUAGCUCGGAGCCCAUUGAGCUGGAGAGAGGCAGUCCCGACACUGCAGUGCUGCAGCAGGAUGUGGGCGCAGAGAGUGAUGAACCCAUGAAGGAGGACAUUCAGUCAGAGGAUUCUCAGUUGGAUGAGCCCAAGCUGUGCAGGAUGGAAUUAGAGGACCCGCUGCUCAAUAGCACGCCGCUGUGUGCAUACAGCGGGGAGGUGCUGGAGUCUGAUCCAAACCCUCCAUCCAGUGGAGGGGAUGGGGAAACAGAACCUGAAAUGGCUCUGGAGGAGGAAGGGGAGCUGAGAGGGAGUGAUGAGGCAGCUGUUCAUGCAGAGCCAGAGAGCUGUGAGGAGUCAGGAGUGGAGCUGAGCCCUGCGCCAGAAUGCACCGAGGAGGAGGAAGGGUACUUUAUAGUUUCUGCUCCCAACCAAGAGGGGUCCAGCAUGGAGGAGGCUGAGAACUCAGAGGAAUUUGAAGAAAUUAAAGUUGAAGCAGCAGAAGACAGACAGGAUGAACUAACAGUGCCUGCAGUAGCCUCUCUGGUGCUAGAGAAUGAAGAGCACUUGGAGCCACUUGGGGGGGAAGCUGAAGAUGUGAAAAUGCCCGUGGGAGAAUUGGAGAUGCCAAAGGAGGAGGAUGAGGAGGAUGCAGGGGGUUUUGCUGCUGAGCUGGAGGAAGGACUGGCUGUGCCCAUGGAUGAAGGGCUGUCUGAGGGGCACACUGAUAAGAACAUCCUGGGUGAUGAGGGCCUGGGGGAGGAAGACAUGCAGGAUAGUGACAACCCCCCAGCCACUGAGACCUCCAAUACUGACCCCUCCAACACUGACCCACCUCCAAGCACCAUGCUGGAGCAUGGAUCUGGCAUGGAGGCAGCUGAAUAUCUCCCCGAUGUGCCCACACAGAUGCCAGUGGACAUCAUGAAGGACUCGGAUAUCCUGGAAAUAGUCGAGCAAGCCCUGGAGUUCAAUCAGGAGCUGGUACUGGGAGCCAAGCUAGCCAAGGAUGGGGAGGGGGAUGGUGACACACAGCCCCCACAGGAGGAGGAAGGGGGGUCCUCACCCACCUCAUCCAGUGAUGAGCAGCCGACGGUGCAGGAGGCGGUGGCAGAACCAGAGCGCACCAAGAACGGGGAGCAGAAUGGGCUGCACCGGCAGGCCAGCCUGGAGGACCUGGCUGAGUUCACCGAGGAGGGGCUGAAUGGCAUCACCCACCCUGGAGAAGCCCCUGCUGCCCACACCCUGCCCCUGCCCGGCAAGCACAGUGGGGCUGAGCCUGUUCCUCCACUGUCUCCGCUGCAGGACCAAGUCCUGCACCCAGAGCAGGAGCCCUGGUCCUCGGGGGAGGAGUGAUGGUGGUGGGACCCCCACAGCCCCACGACAAUCGGACACCUCCCAUAGCACUGCCUACGUAGCACACCCAUUUCCUGUUGGUUUGUAACAUGUUUGUGUGGGUUUUGCCUUGCUGAACGGAUGCCCGGCACACGGCAGCGCAGCUGAGUGAGGGGCCACAUCUUCACACCUCAGAGCAAGGAACCGGGCUCUCUCUCUGCCUCCACAUCCCACACUUGUGCUGGGUUCAGCCUCAUUUUGUACCCCAGGUGUGCUCUUUACUGCAGUAUUUAAUUUAAACGCUGCGUCUCCUCCUUCCCCAUUCAGCCCAACCAGGUGCACGCGGUGUGAUUUCCGUACAGGCUCACCUUUGUGCUGCACACUGGGAUGUCCGUCCCCAACCCACCCAAUGCUCACAGCGCUGAGCCACACCGGAUGCAUCCGCUGCAUUGACACUAAGUUAAUAAAGCAUCGCCCUCCCACUCUGA